GUGUACGAUACUGUGGCACAUCUCACAAUUUCACAUGAAUGUCUGCGUAAUCAGUCCGAAAACUAGCAUGCGCUACUUUCACUUAGUUUAUCAUUUUCAAAAUUUGUAUGGCUCAAUAACCUGCAAAUUACACAUAGUGGAUUUAUUAGUAACAUUCUACUUCCUUGUACAUUCUUCUAACGAACAUAUCAUAAACUGGAAAGCAAAUGUUCAAAGUAAUACUUUAGUGACCUUCGGUUUGCCCAUUUACGAUCAGACGUUUGCAAAAUAUGCAAUAGAAGCUAAUAUAAGUGUCGCCAUAGUUCUAUUACCAAUAACUGGCGAUGUCGGUGCAGAUUUCAACGCCGCCUGCUCAAUACUCAACAAAACAACUCGACCUAUUGGAUUAGUGGAUGCUAGCUGGCCAUAUGCUGCUCAAAGUGAUGAUACCUUUAUAUUCUCCUCCAGUUUCAAAGAUGAAAAUGGAGAACAUUCGCCAUAUGAUGAGGAGAUGAGAAACACCCUUCAGAAUGGUUUAGAGCAAACAGCAGAAUCUGAAGCUAAUGAACGCUUAAGAUGUUAUCGACGUCAGUUAUUAAUGAGUUUGAGUUCACGACUGCAGUUACCGCUUGUCACCAUAACAGACUUAGGAGAGUGCCCUGGUUCUAUGAUAGAUUCAGCUAUAAAAUGGUUUUCAUUCUCCAAAACUAAACAUCGGACAGGCAGCUCACAUCAUCGUAUUUCCAAUCCAUAUUCCCCAGCUUUGGCACAUUCAGUUGGACCAAGUCAGUUUCUUGUGGCUGAACUUCUCAAAAAUUUAAUUGUAAUUAAUGAAGAAAUUUGGAAAGGAUUCGCAAUUGUAUAUGAACACAGUGGUGAUUUUCUUAAAUACCGUGAAUGCUUAGAGAGUCUACAGACAACAGCACUUAUUCGUCGAUGGAGGGAAAAUUCGUUCUACAAAGCUCAUAUUAUCAGAGAAAUAAAACAUUUAGAAGCUUUCUUUUUGGAUUUAUCGGCAAAAAGUAUCGAACAAUUCUUUCAGAUGAUGGGGGAUCAAGAAGUCAAUCCAAAUUAUGCACAGUACUUCAUUUUCAAUGAUGGCUCUCUUGAAAGUUUAAUGAAUUCACUUCAACGCGUCAAAGGCAAUAUUGCUUUGGUUCGAUUCAAAAUUCCAGGAAUACCAAACGAAUUAGAAACUGAAUCGCUUCAUGCACAAAUGACAAGAAGUGUUGUUGAACAUAUUUCUACAGCAAUGAAUUUAGCCGGCAAAAAACUGGAAGUUCCAGAACAUGUUACAUGUACUCCAGUUAGAUCCAGUUUAUUGAAAACACCAAAAGGUUUACUGGUCAGCCAUAAAAAUGGACCCCAUAUAACGUAUAAAAAUGGACAGUUGUUACAUACGUAUAUCAAUCAAGUGCUUCAUUCGCGUAUCGGUUAUACGGAUUCAAAUAAAAUCAGUCCAAUAUUGGAUUAUGGCCUUGAACUUAUACACUUGAAAAAUGGACGACUACAACAAUUGGCAGACUGGUCACUGAAGCAUGGAUUUGUGUACAAACAGCCAGUUGAAACUGCCUUCCCACAAAGUGGAACAAAAUAUUUGAAUAAAACAUUCAUUGUUACGACUAUAGAAGAUCCUCCAUUUGUAAUAUUUGAACCAUAUCGCCAAGGUGUACACUUAGAGGGUAAUGACCAAUGGACAGGAUUUGCAAUGGAGUUAUUACAACAUUUAAGUAAAAUGAACCACUUUGAUUAUAUUAUCAAACCUGUUAGUGAUAAAAAGUUUGGAACAUUUGAUGAGAGUAAGGGGAAAUGGGAUGGACUUAUUGGUGACCUUGUUUAUAAGAAAGCAGAUCUCGCAGUAGCAUCCUUUACUAUUACUUACGACCGAGAACGUGUCAUCGAUUUCACCACGCCAUUCAUGAGUCUUUCUCUAAGCGUCAUCAUACAGAAAAGUAAUUCUGACCCUGGACUGCAAUUCACAGCACCCCUAUCAAAUGAGGUUUGGUUAUCUGUUGGAAUCGCUUAUUUUGUAGUCAGCUUAAUACUAUUCCUGAUUGGGCGGGUCUCACCAAAUGAAUGGUAUGCUCGACAUCCAUGCUAUCCAACUAUACAAAAUCAAUUUACACUGAGAAACAGCUUUUGGUUCACUGCUGGAUCACUUGUACAACAGAGUAGUGAUAUAAUACCACGAGCGACAUCUACACGUAUCAUUGGAGGAAUAUGGUGGUUUUUUAUCUUAAUUAUGACUUCAUCGUACACAGCGAAUUUAGCCGCCUUCCUGACAAUCGACAGAAUGCAAGCAGAUAUUGAAAGUGUAGAAGAUUUAGCACGUCAGACAAAAAUUAAAUAUGGGACGAUACAUGGUGGGUCAACUUAUUCAUUUUUUAAGCAUUCAGAUAUACCUACCUACCAAAGAAUGUGGAACUUUAUGAAUCAGAAUAAAUCUUUAUUUGUUAACAAAACAGAAGAAGGCAUUGCACGUGUUCUUGAAGGUGGUUAUGCUCUGAUACUUGAGUCAACACUUAACGAAUACUAUGCCCAGCGUAACUGUAAACUAACCCCAUUAGGUGGUUUAUUAGAUCCACGUGGAUAUGGAAUUGGACUACCGAUAGGAAAUAAUGGUUUAAGAGAUUUACUAUCUGAAAGUAUUUUAAAAUUACAAAAAGACCAAACUUUGGAAAAAAUGCGACAGUAUUGGUUACAACGUUAUAAUGCAUCAGUACCGUGCUACCUACAAAGUUCGCAUACAAAUUUGCCGUCAAGGAGUAAACUGACACUGACGAAAAUGUCCAGUGCUUUCAUUGGCUUAGGAGUCGGCCUGUUAUUCGGGAUACUUGUAUGGCUCACGGAGAUUUUUAUCUGGGUGAUGAAAUUCCGUACAAAUGCAAAAAAAUGUCCAAUCAAAGAAAUGGGUGAACAUUUCCAAAAAACAUUAUGUCACCACCGGACAACACGUGAAGCACCACGUCGUAAUUCAGUUGAUGAGUCAUUACUAACUCAAUAUAGAGAAAUAAAUAAAGUCAGUCAUACAACUGUCCAAAUGGCUCAUAAUUCAAACAGUAAUCAGAUAAGUAAUACAUCAACAACAUUUCAUAAAAUCACAUCAUUGUAAUUCUGUUAUUUUUCUUUUAAUAACAAGAGACAAAUGAAGUGGUAAUAAAGUAGAUUAAUUCACAAUAACUAAAAACUAUUCAUGUAACUAAUGCAUAAAUAGUUGUGACCUAGACUCCGGACAAUGGGAAUGACCUUGAACAGCCAAUCAGAAAUGUAACCCAAAAAUAUCUUCCCACGCAUUCAUGCAUUUUUCUUAAAUAGUAUUGGUAUACAUUUUCCAAGUCUGAUCUGUUUUUAUCAUUAGGGUUUAGAUAGGUUUAAUUCACUCCAUAAAUGAUUCCACUUCAUAUUAUGUACACUAAUUGGUCGAUCAAGGUUACUCACGUAUUCAACCGUUUCCCUGAAUCAUGUUCCGACUUCACACGAUCCACAAGGUAUUGACAAACAUUUUCCCCUAUUUGAAUGAAAUGAGCAGUCUAUACCUUACCUAACUAGCCUACCAUUGGCACUAUAUAAUACUCUAUACUUUGUUCACUAUGGUUGAAUGAUAAACAGAUUUCUGUAUUAGUUCUUGUACUUUGUCAAUUUUUAUUCGCUGCUUUCUCAUUCUAUCACAGAUAUCUGUUAUAUUUGUGAUAAUAAAAAGCCACUAAAACGUAAAAAUACCAUGACAUUUAAAAAUUUUUAUCAGCAUUAUAUGGAUUUGUUCAGGGAUUUCUAAAAGACUACAUAGUGACAAUUCAACGAAUACUAUGUUAAAUUAAGCCAUAAACAAGGUUUCCUCAUCUCAGUAUGUCGUGACCACUACAACCACACAUCCAUCCUGAAAAACAAAAUACUUGAGUGAGCAAACUUCACACCGAUUAGAAAAUUUCCGCAGACCUGGCACUCAAAUAUAUCAGCAGUAAAUCACCACAUCGACCCAGACACUACACAUCAGCUCAUUCGAAACAAGUCAGCGACAAAAAUCAACCGGUAGAAAUACAAAUAAGUAACUGGUUCACCCAAAUAAGGGAUCAUCAAUCAGUUAUAUAAAGAUACCUCAUGUAAAUAAACCAAACUCCUCAUUCUAUCAGUCGAUACUGUAGCACAACUCCCCAGGAAAAACUAAGCAGUGACCAGUGGCAAAAUACACACCAUUCCAGUUGGAGAACAUCAACCAAUCAACUUCAAGUAACCACAUACAACACAGAAGAGUCCAACAACCAGAUAAAGAUAACUUUCAUCACUUUAAUCAACUGAUCGCAAAGAAGUGAUCUCAGCAUACUGCAAGCGAACAAAAGAAGUCAGUUGCUGAUGCAGUUCCACACACUUCUGAGAAACCAAAAGGCAAGAUAUCAACUAGUCAGAUUUGACAUACCCCCACACACCAUGCGAUCAAUCAGGUCUCACUGAAGCGAAGUAGCACGUGAUUUCUAUUUAUGCACAGUCAACCACUUCACUUACUUUCGAAGUUCUGAUGCACUGACAUUGGUGUACAACAUGACAUCUGAACGUCUUCUAAGUGAAACUUCACCUUAGAGAAUAAACUGCUUAAAACAUCAGCACCCUGAGCUAUAAAUAUUAUCCAAAUAAAAUGUUUUUGGCCAGCUUC